UUUCACUAUUAAUAGUGCCACGGGUCUAUUUAGUUGUUCGAUCUCAGUACAGAAAUGUUCGGAGCCGCGGACGACGAAAAACCUACGCUCUCGCGACUCGCUCGUCAAAUAAAACGGCGCAGAAUAAAUUCGAUCGACUACCGCGCACCCGAUAGUCUCGUUUAUCCAAUUGUUCAUCGACCACACUCCGCGAUCGCGUAAACCAACACCAAAACACAUGAAACGCCGCAACUGUGCGAUUUGCGAUACAUUGAUUAUGCAAUCAUUUUCGACAACACCUAGUGUGCGGAUUCUCUAAUCAUUUCAGUCCAUGUACAGUGAUCAGUGCUCCAACACAAGUUAUGGUUUAUGUGCGAAUUAGCAAAUAUACUGUGUCGUGGGUCACGUGUGUGUUGAAAAACAAACCUGACAUUCAUGCUAUUUUAAAGUGAAUGCCACAGAAACGUGUCUCUGGCGCAAUGCCAAAAAUUAUUACAGCUGACUGUAAACAAACAAAUUAGAAUUGUAUAAUAAUAAUAUUGGCAUGUUUCAUAUUUUUAGUGGUUCGUUACCGCAGAUGAGGAGUGCACUGCGGAAAAAAAUUGCAAAAUGUCGAAAAAAGAGGACUCGAGUGAUAGUGAUAGCCCUAUAAUAGACGACAAUGUAGUACGGAUUCAAUUAAGAAAGCCAACCCAAAGAAAAUGGGAAUUGCGCACGAGAAAUCUAUCCCCUGGGAUCAAGUUUCCGACUAUUCAGCUCUUCGACAGCGAUGGAAAUUUACUUGUGGAAACAAACGAUGAGAACAUAUCCAUUAAGAGCUCUGAUUAUAAUGCAUCAAAUCUCAAGACUACUCAUUCAUUACGCGAAAGAAAUUACAAGCAUUUUGUUUACACAUGUCCCAUCCGUAAACAUAAUACAAUUUCAGGGGAUAGAAUUUUUACGCGAAUAUUUAAAGAUUCUGGCUUUAUAAAUAACGAAAAGGAAGAUGGAAAUACAAAUGUUGUAAGUGAUAAUAAUGUACCAAACAUUCCAAAUCAACUCACUGUAAAUCGUAGUGUAGAUAGCUUAGAUUCAAAUCUAGAUACAACGCCGUUCAUUUCAGAAGCUGAUGCAAGUAGUUACAAAAGUUCUGAUAACGAAACAUGCGAUGAUUUUAAUCAACAGCCUUACGUAAAUGUCAAGUCAGUGAAAGAAUUAGAAAACAAAAUUUGUUCUGAAGUGCAACCACCCCAGUUAAUCAAUAAUAAAUUUCCUGAUAUUGGAGAAGAAACAUCAUUAAUUACAGGGCUACAAGGUUCACAAUCAUUUACAGAAAAUAUAACUAAAGAACGGAAAAAAGGGUGUGCGGACACUGUGCCGCGCUCACAAUCUGGGAUUAUAUACAAACCACCUCAAAAUAAAGUAUCAUUCCUCAAUACUUAUCUAAAAAGCAUAACCGCGCGUAGGGGCUCUAAUCCAGAUUGGUUUACUUUAAACCGUCGGCAAACAAAUGAUUCCCCGCAAAAUUUACAUGAAGCCACGAAGCGUAGUGAAUCGCCCAAAUUAAAUUCCGAAAGAUCGUGCCGCUCCUUCAAAUCUGAUAAUACCACAGAUAAUGAAUAUAUUAAUAUUCCAUCGGAUGUAGCUGCAGAUUGUGAACUGAAAAAGCGUUUAAAACUGUAUCGACGUGGUAUAUCUGAGAUCGAGGCAAGGCAACAAAUUAAUAGUGUACUUACGAAGGAAAGACGACACUCAGUGAGUUGUACAAUGAAGAUUACGCGAACUUCGUCUUCAGAAAGUGUAGAUGAGGCGGACGUAGUUCUUAAUCGUUUGAAACGCAGAAUAAUGAAGAAUAAAUGGCGGGAGAAGCGACUUAGCGGCGGAAUCAAGCAGCAAGCAAUCGAUCAAAACGAGUGUAAGCGUAGUAGCAGCGCAUCAUCAGAUUGGCGCGAUGCGGCCGGCGGGGCCCUUGUGAGGUCCCGCCUCGCAAUGGGCUCCAACAUCAGCCAACACUCCGCUAAGGGUCUCAAGGGGCGCCGCGCGCGGUCCAGCGGCGAUCUUUGCAAUGGCGAGACAAAAAGCCAAACAGAAUCCUCCAUACACACGUCGGUAUGCGGCUCCGUCGUCGGCGACGUUAUGGGCUGGAACCGCUCCUUGCCGAACCACCUCGAUGGUAACAGACACCUCGCCGACUACAGCCGUGUAAACAAUAAUUAUGGAGAAUUCGGAACGUACAAUAGAAGCCACCCAAAAGGAGGCCGCGGGUUGCGGUACAGGAUCUCCAAGUCGGGUUCCGAUGCAGAGCCAGUAUGGAAACUCCAAGACCCUGGUUUCGACCAGGGCUACGGUUCAGAGAGGUCGCCAGAGGACGACUACGUUCCUCCCAUCCCACCGGCCAUAUCCCUCGAAGAGUAUGAAGCUGAGUUGCGUGCCAUAUAUCCAUUUAUCACGGAUGAUAACACAUUCACGGUGGUGGUCGAGAAGGACGGGCGAGGUCUCGGCAUGUCGGUGUGCGGGGGCGGGGGCCUAGUGCGGAUACGGAGGCUCUACCCUCCGCAGCCGGCGUGGAGGACCGGCCAGCUGGCAGCAAGGGAUCUGCUGCUGUCUGCGAACGGUGUACCGCUUGCUGGGCUUAGUACUUAUGAAGCGCUAGAAGUCCUCCGCACAGCGGCUCCAAGAGUGGAGUUGCGAGUGUGCAGACCACCAAGUGAUGUGCUGGAGAGCAUCACACCACCGGACCCUCCCACGCCACCAGCGAGGACUCCACACCCGCCGCAUUUGCCUCUGGAUCCAUUGAAUUGUCAUCCUUUGCAUGCUAGGUUGUCACAAACAACAAGCAGUGCGACCACAUCGUCGUCCGAGGGCCGCGGUCGGAGGGACGCAAGCCCUGAAGACCGGCGACAUGACCUGCAAUUACCGGACCUCGACCGACCCUUACCCGUCUACGAUAUACAAUACGGGGAAUUCGACAUAGUGAUGACAAAAGUGAACGGUUCCCUGGGUUUCACCCUCCGUAAAGAGGACCACAGCGCUUUGGGUCACUACGUGCGUGCGUUAGUACGGGAGCCAGCGUUGAGCGAUGGACGCAUACAACCAGGGGACAGGAUUGUCGCGGUGAAUGACACGCCAAUGUCGAACAUGUCUCACGCGGAGGCGGUCGCGUUCCUGCGCGCGUGCGACUCAGAAGUGCGUCUGCGGCUGUACCGCGACCACGCGGCAACGCCGCUCUCGCCUAUGUCGCCCAAGGAGGAGGGGCCCACUGAUUCGGAUGCGCCGCUGAAUAAACCGAAACCACCUUUGAGGGCCGAAGCCGUAUCCAUGCUUUGUGACUUAGCGGCGCGACGUCUGACGCCCGACGCGGCUGACGGAUCGCGCUCUCCCUGUCUGUCACCUAGAAAGUUCCGCAAGCUUACAAAGGACAACAACCACUAUGAACAACCGAAUGAUUUGGGAAGAAACAAGAUAACAGAAACGAGUAAUUUAGUAAAUACGGAUGUACCGAAAUAUUCUGAAGAUUUGAAAAGUGGUGUAAAAGAAAAAAUUCCAAAAUGUACUUGUACAACGCCUAUGCCUUAUACUACGCAAACUAAAGAAAUAGAAUUGUGUGAUGAUAUGAUUAGAAUACUACCUGAUGAUAUUAUAAUAGUACCAAUUAGACCACCCAGAAAAGGUGGUUCAAGAAAAACAAAAGAAUCAACAAAAAUGGAAAAGAAUUCCAAUGAAGAACAAUGUAUUACGACAGAAAAAGAGCCAUUAACUACAACCAAAUCAAAUGAUGAUUCCAACCAAACUGCAUCUAAAGUUACCAAAGAAAGUUCAUUUAGAUCCUCGAUAGAACAUAGUUCGAAAAAAGAACCUGUCGUCCCCCAUAUUAGUCCUUCAACAACAAAAAUUUCUCAAACCGCUUUCAAGGAGUGCAUUGUUCCAGUAAAAUCUGACGAGGUAUCAAACCCACUAACACAAAGCAAGACAAUUGUGAGCAAACCUGAAAAUUAUUAUGAAAAUAUUGCUGAAUCUCCAUCUUUAGACUUAGACAGAAAACAUGAAACAAAUGUAAAACCAGAAUUACAAAGCGAUGUUAAAGAUAAAACUACAAAAACUUGUACGGAACCAAUAACAUGCACCUGUGCAGUAACUAUUGAGGAAUUGAAAAAAUAUCACAAAAAUAAAAGUGUCCCAUCAGCAAUCAAAGAAGAAAUUAAACCAGUUCCCUUAAAAUUAACACAAAAUAUAGAAAAUAAUACACAAAACCAACAUACGCCGACAAUUCAAAGAUCUAAAACACAAAGAUUUUCACGAUCUCACUCGAUAAGAAAACGCCUUCUUUCUAAAAGAUUUAAAUCGAAAACAAUAAGUGGUCCAAUAUCGUUGCAAAAAAAUUCAACAGAUACAAAUACUGAGGACAAUAAAUUACAACCCCCAGAACCUGCUUCAGUGCAAGGUAAAGACAUCGUUCCAUCUGAGGGUUCAGAAGCCAUAGAAAAUCCAACUCAAUCUGUAGUAAAUAAACCUAUAGAACGUCCUACAUCUCUGAUUAUUAAUUCUAAUAGAGAUGAAGAAAUUAUAACUGAUAAGCUGAGUUCAAACCUAUUAGCUGGUAUUGAAACAAAGCAGAAAAAGCCUGUACUUACAAGCCCUACGACUCCGCCUUCAUGUAGAAAUCAAAAGCUAAGCCUGACAGUAAUACCGCAAAACUAUGAAUUAAAUAAUCUAGACAAUGAUACACUAGAUGCCCCAAAUGCGUACCAAGAAGAUCCUCGACACAGAUACAAUGAGGCUGCAUUUCCAAUAGAUUCUGACGAACCAGUUUCUAUGCCAGCGGAGUUAUCAAGUGAUGAAAGGUUCAAGCAUUCGAACCCAACCUACCAAAGUGCGGUUUUGCACAGCUCCACAGCUGAUAGUGCUUCUGAAAAAGACGAUGGAAAUGGUUUAAAGAAAUGGAAAGGCGUUGCUCUGUCACCUGAUAAUGAAAGAAAAGUAAAACUGCCUGUAGUUGAAACUCAAACGCCGAAACCAAGUGAACUAGAAACCGUCCAGAAGGAAAAUAUUAAACCUGAACCGCCAGUCGAAACAACAAGCAGUGAACCAACAAUAGUGACUGUGGAACUGAACCGUGGCUGGAACAGUCGUUUAGGGUUCAGCGUGCAGAGUCACCCCGAGUCCGGGCAGAGUUACAUAUCAGCGGUGUACAGCGACAGUGUGGCCGCGAGGGACGGGAGACUGCGACGCGGUGACGUCAUACUGCAGGUCAACGACGAAAAUGUAACAUCAAUGAAGACACCUGAAGUUAUUGAUUUAUUAAGAAUUCUUCGUGGAUCUAUUUGUAUCACUGUUCUACGACCACCUAACGUUUAAUGAAUAAAUAAAAAAAAUAUUAAAAAAAAUCCCUUGCCCUUUAAGAAGUGCGAUCUAAUUGAUCAAAAGUAAUGCGAGAAUUAUAUUUACUUCAUAUAAAAUAUUUAUUUAUCCAAGUUGCGGAAAAAUUACUUAUACCCUUUCUACUUUCCUAAGAGAAAGUUCCUAAUAGAGUUCUUUAGGUAUACCUACCUUUCCUUCUAGGUAAUAAUUUAAAUAUUUGAGAUACCAUAUUAUUAUGAUGUUGAAUAAUUAUAAUAACGGAAUUGAUCUCUAUAUCUUAAAAUAGAAUAUAAUGUCGUUAAAAAUUAUAGAGGGAUUCAACAUUUAUAACAAUAUCUACGUUGUCCUAAGUAAUGCAACGAAUAAAACAAAAAAUCAUUCAAUAAAGACAUUAUUUAUUGAAGAACUCAAAACAGUAGAUAAUAUAUAUAAGUAGCAUUCCACACUAUAGAUAUUUGCUCUCAUAAUAGUAAAAAGGCGUUUAUUACAAAUCGUUAUUUAGGGGCCUAAAACUAUGAACAUAACCUAUCAGUGCUUCAUAUUACACGAUUAAAUGUAAGUAAAAUAUUUAAAACAGAAUAAGAUGCACCAUUUCGCGUUUAUCACGAAAUAAAUACUUAAAUAGUCAAAUAUAUUUAUAGGUCUGUUUUUAAUACCUACCAUAUUUCUAUUGUACCUACACUCAUGUAAGAUUAAAGUUGCGUCAAUUUGUAGGGCAAAAUAUGGCAAUCUAAAUUGGUCCAUAGACAAAUCACUAAUUGUUCAUAAGAUUGUAAACAUUGUGCACACUAAAGCACAAUAUUCAUUGAAGUGUGACCACAUUAGUUUUUCAUUAAAUUUGACAUCUUAAAUAAAAUUAUUCACAUAAAUGUUAUAAAUUGUGUGUGCUCAGUAUUAGUCAAAAAUUAUGUUGGAUUUGAAAAUGUAUAUAAUAUUAAAUGAUCAUUAGAUAGUUAAAUGUAGAGAUAGAAAUUAUACGUAUAUCGAAUGGAUCUAAAUUACUCUUCUCUAUGGAUACUGAUAAAUUCUAGUCAUUUCAGAAUUAUAAAUACAAUGAUAAUUAUUAGCUGCGAUAUUUAUAAAGUAUGUAUUAAAUUACUAAGCGGACUAUUAUCAUAAUUUUAAUAGACACAUAUAAAUAUGUUAUAAACACAUUGUAUCUUGUUAUGAAGUAAAAGAUUUUAUUGACAAAUCUGAGACUGCUUUCUUAUUGGAAUAUCUACAAAAUAUUCUUUGAAAUAUUAUAAAUGUCUAUGAGAUAGAUUCGAACAAAUAAAGCAAAUAAUCGAUACAAGCGUGUGCGAAGCAAUAGGAAUUAUAUACAAAUAUUCUCAAUCUAAAAGCAGCCUUAAAAUAUAUUAUACACAUGUUAAUAGAAAAUAAAAUAAGAAUCGAAAUCUAGAAGUAUUAAGGAAACCGUACAGAUUAUUGUCGAACGAAUCAAAACUGAUAUUCUAAAGUUAUUGUGAUGGAUUUGUGUUAGAUAAUAAAUAUAAAAUAGAUAAUUAUAAAUUUAUGUAAUUUAAUGGAAUACAAACAAUUUAAAACCUGUAGAUGUAGACUCUAGACAUCGGCCCAAAUGCUAGAUAGUAGUUGAUGUUGUAAAUUUUUCAAUUGAUCCUUGCAUAUAUUAAGUGGUUGUUUUCACAUCGCUCGUGUUAAGUUUAUUUAAACCUAUUUUUACUUUUUUUAGGAAAAUAUUUGUGGAACAAAACAUCUUACUGUGUACAAAUUGUAAUAGUAGAUCAAUUUACAAUAAAACACGUAAUUAUUAAUUUUAUUUCGAUUCGUAACAUUAUUUGAAACAUGCCAUAGUUGUAGAAUAGAUCUAGAUACACUAUUGCGGAAUGUAUUAAAAUCGCUUAUAUUUUGAACAGACCAAAAGUCUACUACUCCUGUGCCUAAAAAGCAAUACAAGUAAAAAGUUAAUAACCACUUAUAAUUCUAAACGAUUUAACAUUGAUGUGAAUGUGCAGUGUCUAUGUGAUGAUUUUUAUGUGAUUAUGUAUUGAAUAAUUUUAAGUUUAUUGAGGCGCAAGUUACAUAGAAGAGGUAUAAACAAUAACUAUGGUUACAUUUGGCUACAUAAAUACUAUGUACAACAAAUAUUAAAUGACAUUUGUUAAUAAAAAAAAUCUUUUACCUUCUCCGACUACAAAAUGAUCAUCAAUAGACAUUGAAUAUUUUUGAGAAAUAAAUCUCUUAUACCGAAUAUGAUCGUAUAUUGUAGUAUCGUGUAAGUAUACAUACUACAGUUUUACCUCGAGUCUAUGAAGCUUGUGCCUAACGCGGUGCUCAAAUGAUUUCAAAUUAAGUUCUAGUCAGGAUUUAAUUUAAAUCAUAUUCACGUUAAAUUAUAAAAAUAAUCCAGAUCCAUACAUAUUUUAAAUACCAUAGGGAGGGACGGUUAUUUAUUCAUAAGCUGAACAUAUUUUGUAGUACAAAAGCAAAUAUAUAUUUUAAAUAUUACCUGUUUUUAAAUGAAGGAAUUAAUCCCUCCCACACAUUUCUGCUUCCGCAUCAACCGUCUCUCUUAUAUAGUUAAUUAAUUAUUAUUAAAAUUCAUCGUAUAUUGAUUGUGGUUGUUAUUUUGUGUGAAUGCUAUAAACGUAUAUGUAUAUACAAGGCAAACGGAACAAAUAUGUGUCAGAUAAAUAUUUAACUUUUAUUAUUUUUGAAAGUAUUUUGAAUGAUUUAUUUAUUUUUGGAUUCAGUAUCAUUAAUAAUUAUUUAAUGUAAUAUUUUUUAUUAAGAACACCUUUUUAUUAUAAAAAAUGCCUUCAUAUCAUAUUUUGCCUUUUAAUUGUUAUGUUUCAUUUUUAUUUUGUAAUCUAUGAAUUUUAGACUCUAGUCGAAACAAUAUACUUUCAAAUUCAUUUUCAAUACAUAUACUGAGCUCGUCGGCCUUGUAGUAAUUGAAAUGUCAGUAAACAUUAAAUAUAUUUUUGUGAGAUGAAUGAUACAAAAAUUAUUAAAUGUAUAUAUUUUACUUUAUAAAAUUAAAGUAUAAUUAAGAGAUAUGAUAA